AUGGUCAGCCUUACCACAGGGAAUUAUUUGAACAUUGAGGAAAAGUUUCAGUUCAUCCUGGCCCACUUUCUGGGAUGGUACCCGAUACGAGCCAGAAGGUUUAUCAUCAGCGUAGUGUUUUACAGACAAACCCCAACAUUUUCGCCACAGAAGUGGAACAUCCAUCAGGCUGUGCUCAAUGAUCUUGGCGCGACUAACAAUUUCAGUGAAGCUUGGAAUCGCUAUUUCAAUGGCCUGGUUGGAAAGAAAAAUCCCACCAUUUGGUUACUAAUUCGCUGCCUGAAACAAGACGCUGCAUCAGUUGCUAGAACUCUGAAGAAAUUUGACGAAGAUGGUGCCAUUCCACAUAAGCAAGUUCGUGGAGCUCCUGCGAUUGCUAUCAUUGGCUGUUUAGCGGUUGCUUCUCUUCUUGAGCGUCGUGUGGCGUGUUUCGAGGCGAAAGAAGCUCUUCGAGAUUGGCUGCUUGAGAAAUUCGCAUACAUCGUCUCCUCGCGUCCAACUGCGGUGAACCUCAAGAAUGCUGCUCAGGAUUUGAGUGAGCUUGCUGACAAAUUGACAGCAGAUAACGCGCAUGAUGUUGAGCAAAUGUCGAAAAAAAUCGUCGAAUGUAUCAUCAAAAUGAUGAAGAACGAUGUUGAUGAUAACAUGAACAUCGGUCGACACGGAGCGGAGUUCAUGGUUUCGAUGAAGGAAGACGUGAAGCCUUUGCGAGUCUUGACUCAUUGCAAUACUGGUUCGCUUGCUACCUGCGGUUACGGAACUGCUCUUGGCGUAAUUCGUCGAUUGCACGAGAUGAAGAUGCUCGAACAUGCUUAUUGCACCGAAACGCGACCAUACAAUCAAGGGGCGAGGCUGACAGCCUACGAAUUGGUGCACGACGAGUUGCCAGCGACUCUGAUUUGUGACUCUAUGGCCGGAGCAUUGAUGAAAAGCGGGAAGGUUGACUUCGUCGUGACUGGUGCUGAUCGCCUUGCUGUACUCGCGAAGUACCACAACAUUCCCUUCUUCAUUGCCGCGCCGACAACCUCUGUUGACUACUCCUUGCCGUAUGGAAGUGGAAUCAAAAUCGAAGAUCGGCCGGCCGACGAACUGACGUGCAUUUUUGGUCAACGGAUUGCUGCACCAGGUAUUGGCGUGUGGAAUCCUGCGUUCGACGUCACCCCGGCGGCUCUGAUAACUGGAGGCAUAAUUACGGAAAAAGGAGUAUUUCCGGCUGCUGAGCUUCCGAAUUAAGAGAGGAGAGAGAAAGAUAGAAACUAUUGUUUGAUCCAUUGUGAAAAAGGUGGUGGCAUCGAAGGUUUGUUAUUAACGGGUUGUUGCGUCUGUUCGACGUGUCUAAAUGACAUGUAUUUUUAGUGAGAUAACAUCGGUCUCCAUGUGUAAUCUUGGCAUGGGAUUUGAAAAUCGGAAAUCUAAUCUAAUUUGUCAAAACAAUGUUGCGGAGCUUAUGGGCGUGAAAGAGAGUGGAACAAAUCUGUGGAUUCAUCAAUUUUUUUCUCGCAUAGCUGACAGAAUUACUUUUCUGUUUAUGUAAGUUAUGUUGAAACCGUGUUUCGCGUGAUGCAUGUGAUAUAGAGACUCUCAAUAAAGGAAAGUUCUGUCACUGCGAUUAAACUUUUCAAUUUCAAUCAGAAACGUUGAUGGCGAUGUGAUUCGGUCGAAGUACAUAAAUGAUGCAUUCACAUUUGGAAA